AUGGCCUUCGAUCGGAUCGCCGAAAAGUCACGCCGCGAUACCUUUUCUCCUCGCUCCUGGUCUGGGGAGGGAAUAACCCAACAAGCCAAAAUCUCCAUCUUUCUUGCUCUUUUCUACCUUUAUCUAACAUCAUUAUCCUCUGCCCUUUCAAACUGCCCUGGAUUUCCUGGAUUUAAUUCAAUCCCGGAUAUAUUACGUCGUUACGAAUUACCCACGGGAAUUUUCCCCGACAAUGUGAAAAGCUUCAGUUGCGUAAGCAACAGCGAUUUCUCGUACAAGCUUACGAUUCAAUUAUACGGUGUUUGUCAAGUGACUCGUUCAAUGUUUGGCGUCAAAAAUAUAGUCGUGUGCGAGCCCGAGAUAUCGGCCACAAUAUCAUACCAGCAGCUAACAAACGUGAAAGGUGUGACGGUUACACUGUUUGUUAAUGGUGGUCAAGUUGGCGAGCUGAUGACAAUCAAAAGUGUUCGAGCAGUGGGACAGGGGUUCGUCAGUUUUCUUCAGUUUGAUUCGGACAAGGGUCCAAGUCCGUGGUUCCCUUACCUUGAUAUUGCUCAGGAACCUCCUAAAUGCGACAUCCGGUCCAUCCCUCUUCUUCUUGGUGCUUAAUAAAUAAGGUCAUCCAUGGUUCAGUUGUUUUGUAUUAUUGAUGAAUAAAUUGGAUGUUGUUAUUUGGUUCCCACGUGUAUUUUUAUUUAUGUAGAUUUGUGCAUGUUGUUUGCUUUCACGGGUCAAAUUAAAACAAUUACUCUGUUA